CUCGUUUUGUGUUGUAAGAAGCGACAAAAUAAUGAAACCAAAAAUCCUCGUUUGUUGUUGGGGUUCCGUUUUUAGAAGGAAUACGUCCCUGUUCAAUGUUCAUGGCUCGUCCCCUUUUAGUUUGUCAUCUCCCCUUUUUAUGUACCAUCAAAUCCAGCUACUUCUCUGCUGGGAAAUCCGACAACCUCGCAAGAGCCACGGUCAAACUGUGAAGUAAAAUGUGCGAUGCUACGAUGCCAUACCCACACACGGUUCCAUACAAUGGCGUUUUGUCAUGAAACUAAUUUAAAAUAAGUCUUUUUUUGUAUUAGAACUUAAAAAAAAAUCGGAAUUUAACGGGAGUGUUUUUGAAGUUUGAGUGCAAUAACUGAAAAUCGAGGUGCUAUGAGUCUGACGGUGUGUACUAAAAACGCCCUAUAUUGAUUUUUUAGAGAGAUUAUUUUGUGGUUUUAAUUAGACUCGAAUUAUUAAAUUAAUAUUAUCGAGAAAACCAAAAGUGUGUUCAGUAGUGGGGCGACAAUAAAAUAAACUAUGCUAGUUAAUAAACAGAAAAACUAUGGCAAAUUCCCAAUGGAUAUUGAAGUUUCAAUCUUCAAAGUUCGGAAAAAUGAAUGUUAUUGAUUUGUAUUGAAAACAAAAAUCACAAAAUAAUGGUUUCAAGAUUUGUACCAAAUGGUCCAGUGAAACAUCAGGACGGGAUAUGUCUGUUACCUCCACCCCCGCAUUACAGGCUAAUGCCACCCCAACGGUCCGAUGCAUAUCACAAUCCGGGCCAGAACUAUGUGCAACAAGGGCAGCCGCCCAAUCAAGGCCCGGGCAGUUUGAGAAAUAUUCAAUCCUCCGGGCCGCCCAAUCAAGCGUCUACGCCGCCCAACCAAGACCUGAAAGUGGCCAGCUUACCUGGUCAACUGCAACAGAUGCAGUUUGUAUCAAAUCAGGGUGUUCGGCCAGCACAGGCAUAUUUUCAAAGGGGCGCCGCUGGGGCCCCUGCACAGCCACAGAGAAUGCCCAGUCAACAUCGGCAAGCUCAACAAGCAACGCCCGCGCAAUUAUUCGCCACCCAACAGCCCUACCUAAUGCAACCGGUAUAUAUUCAACCGCCCACUGUCUACUAUAACAACCAGAGACCUGCGAACACCAUGAUGGGGCCUCAAGCCUACCCACCCCACCAGGCAGUGUUCUCUCCAUCUUUGGCUUAUCAGACUUUCUCCUCUACAACUCCAUCUGGAGUGCAAGCUUACACUCAUCCAGUACCUUACAUGUACCCUUCACAAGCGGCUCCGAUGAUAUCGAGGGCCUCUGUCACCCCUGUAUCAGCUGCCCCUGCCAAUACAAGUUCUGGAAACCCUCAAGCAGCGCCACUAUUGGCUCAGCCCGGUUUAACACAUAAUAUUUAUCCUGGAAGGAAUAAUACAAAACAGAGGCGGCCUAACGCUAUUUCUAUAAUUGAUCCUAACACUGGCGUGGAUAAGUUAAAUGAAAUUUUUGAUAGUGAAAACGCAUCACAGCCUGCUUCAGGAGAAUCGUCUGCUAGACAGACUCCUCAGCCUGCACCGCCAAAUAAAGAGGUUCAAGCAAUAUUCGCAAAACAAGUAGCGCAAGUACUAAGCGAAGACAGACAGCAGCAACAAGCAGCUCAACAAGCACAGCAGCAGCAGCAACAACAACAUCCACAAAUUGCUUCCUCACACGAACAACCCUCAUCGCUGCACGACCCGGAACACUUUCAUCCUCUCCAGCCACAGCAACCACAGUCAUUGCCUGUUGUUCAGCAACCAUAUGACAUAGUUAGUAGUAGUCUACAGUAUGACGCUAAAGAAUUUGUAAGCGUAAGCUCUACAAAACCAACAAUUAAAGAAUCGACACCUAUUGUAUCGGCCAAUAGUGACGCAGCCGAGGUGAUUUUAUCAAAAAAAGACCGAGAAAGUCCUGUGAAAAGUAGUAGAAAACAACUGCCCAAACCUGUUGAUAUCCCUCAAAUUAAUAAAGAAACUGAAUGUGAUAAAAUUUCUUCCACAGUUAAGGAAGAACCAGUUCCAGUGCCUCAACCCACAUUAGUUAAUCCUGCUGUCUCUCCGGACGUAACCAGCCCCGCGGAGACUGUCAAGGACAGUGACAAAAAAGGUGCCAAGAAGUCCUCUCCAGUGGAGCAACAGAGUCCAGAACCUGAGAGUCAAUCCCCUACUACUGUUCCAUCUGGUGACAUGACUUCAAAUAAUGGAAAAUUAAAAAAUAGGAGUAAACCGGUUAACAAUCAAAAUGGCAAGCAGCAACAGCAGCCACAGCAGCAUUAUCCCCAGCCACAGCCACAGUUGCAGCAACAUCAUCAGCCAAAGCAGCCACCACAGCAACUACAACCUGUGCCUCAAUCACAACCUCAGCAGGUGGCAUCCCAAACUCAACCUCAGCAGGUUGCACCUCAUCCUCAACAAGUGGCACCCCAAAUUCAACCUGCUGCUGUCGUAGUACCCACACCUCAGCCUCCCAAGGCAAAUAAUCGAUCAAACAAAUUCAAAGAGCUUAAUAUAAAGGGUGCCAACAAAGAAGGUACUGAUAUGGAUGCCUUCAAUGACAAUUCUGUUGGCAAAACUGAAAUAAAUGCCAAUGUGCUGCCUACUGAUGACAGUGGUACAGUUAAUGAUGCCGCUAAUGCCAAUCAGGUGGCUUCAGUCGAGGCAACAGUAGUUGUUCCUCCAACUGAGACUGAAAGAAAAGACUCCAACGAAAAUGUCACUACGACAAUCACACCUGAACUUAACUCAAACAAUGUUGUUACUCCAGUCACUGCCACGGCCACAGUUUCUCCUGUGGUUGCCACAAAACCUGUAAUUAAACCCUUUGAUGUCACUAGCAUUAUUAAGGAUAGUGCGCCCAAAAGUAUGCCUCCAUUCCCGAUUAUUAACGACAAUAGAGAUGAAACUGAUAGGGCAAGUGUUAACGACAAACUCGUUUUGGCUAAGAAUGAUGUUAACAAUAAGGUUUCUAGUAAAGAAAGUACAAAUGAUGAUAAACCUCAGCUUCCAUAUAAACCAGGGCAGUGGGCUCCAGACAAGCCUGACGGUCUAAAAGUCUAUGAGAAAGACUUUUUGUUGUCUCUAAAAAACCUGCCGCUUAGCCAAAAAAAGCCAGACUGUAACAGUUUGCCUGAGGGCGUAAUCCCUGAUGAAAGAUCUCGUCAAAUGGAUCCUAGACUUUUAAUGGGAGGUGGAAGAACUGACUUUAUGAAUCCACCUUUUGCCAAUAAUUUUGGAGGAAAAUCAGGAUCACAAAGAGGGACUCUUCCCAAGCGCCCUAGUCAAUCUGGUAAAAUGGGAAAUAGAGUUGGUGACAAAAAUAACUCUAAACCUCAGCCAAAAGUUAGUAUUUCUCUACGUGGUGAUGUCAAGCUCCACGAGUCUGAGAACGCAUGGAAACCUGCCAGGUUCAACAAGGUUGUUGGUGAAACCAUGACUGAAGACGACAAGAGAACCGAAUCUCUAUACAAGAAGGUUCGGUCCGUGUUGAACAAACUCACUCCCCAGAAAUUCGACACUCUAGUUAAUCAAGUUCGUCAAUUACAAAUCGACAACAAAGAUCGCCUGCAAGGGGUCAUUGAUUUGGUGUUUGAAAAAGCAAUUGAUGAGCCCAGUUUCUCCUUGGCAUAUGCCAUGAUGUGUAAGGAGAUCCAAAGUAUGCAGGUUUCAAUCGGGGAGGGCGAGAAGAAAAAUCUUGCAUUCAGGACACUUCUUGUAACAAGGUGUCAAAUUGAAUUUGAAAAACAAUCUGUAGACGAAUCAGGUAGAGAUACCAAAUUCCAAGAAAUGGAAGCAUGUACGGAUGCUGAGAAGAAAAAAGAGCUUUUAUUCGAAUUGGAAGAAUCAGAGAGACGUCUCAGAAUGAGAUCUGUAGGUUGUAUCCGGUUUAUUGGUGAACUUUUCAAGCAACAGAUGUUAACUGCCAGUAUUAUGAGACGCUGCUUGCAGACAUUACUCGAUAACAAAGACGAAGAAAGUCUGGAGUGUUUAUGCAAACUCCUUACCACCGUCGGCAAAGAACUAGAAUCUAAAAACGUCGAACUAGUUACUAUAUUUGACGAAAUGAAACGCAUAACUGAUGGCAAACGCCAAAAAGUCAGCAGUCGUAUUCGAUUUAUGUUGCAAGACGUCAUCGACUUACGUAAUUCGAAAUGGAUACCCAGACGAGGCGAUGCCAAUCCAAAAACCAUGGAUCAGAUUCAGAAGGAAGCUGAAAAUGAGCAAAUGAAUAUUCAAGUGAUGAACAUGAAUCCUCCAAGGAGAGAUGAUAGAGGAGGUGGUGGAGGUGGAGGUGGUGGUGGUCCAAGGCGUGGUGGUAAUUCUUCUCAGAAAUCUAAUGAUGAGAACUGGAGCACAGUGGGCUCAAGGAAUAAUCGCCAACAGUUUUCAAUACAAACAGACAAAAUGAGAGUACCUAAACCUGGAGUGGACGAACUUUUUGGACCUAGUAAGCAGUUCUCGAACUGGGCCAAAGGAGCAGGUGGUUCCAAGAACCCACAGUCUUCAUUGAAUACUAGCAACAAUAUGUACACUGCUUUGGAAAAUGUGGACAUGGAACGCCGUCCUAUGAAUUCUCGAGGUAAUAAUGAUCCGUACAGCUCUAAAGGUCCAAGUAUAGAACGUAACCUAUAUAAUAAGAGUUACGACGGACGAGGAGGAUCCAGAUCUGGAUCGCAACACAGAGACUCCAAUACUCCAAUGCGGAGCACCGGGCCUCCUCCAUCCUCUAUGAUGCCUUCCACCAUGGCUCCUCCACAAUCACAACCCAAAUCGCAGCAGCGUUAUCAGCAACGGCCUGACACGAUGGUUCAGCCGGAUGUACCUACUGCUACUCCAGCGCCUCCAUCAGUGUCCAAGCUUAGCGAGGAACAAAUUGAAAGACGGAUACGUAAUUCGCUGGACGAAUUUAUCACUGGCUGUUGUACAACUGAAGAAUACUUCCAAGAUGUUGCUUCUGCGAUAGAAGACCAUUCGAGAGUGGUUUAUGAAAGUUAUAAUUAUAUCUUGGAAAAAUCUCAAUCAACCCGUUUAAAAACUGGCGAACUGUUUGCCAAAUUAAUCAAAGCAGGAAGUAUAUCAGUUGAUGUUUUUGCUAAAGGAUUCGAGGAACUUCUUGGGGUUUGGGAGGACUUAGUCAUAGAUAUUCCACAAAUUUGGCAGUACUUUGCCGAAGACUUAGUUGCGCUUCUUCUAGAAGAAGUUAUGCCGUUCCCUAGACUGCAAAAACUGUUAGAUAGCCUCAUCCAAGUGAAUGUAGCCAAAAAAUUGCUGAAAUCUCUUUUCGAUUUGGUUAUCAAAGAAAAAGGUUCUAAAUUUUUGCAGGCCAGCUGGCAGGCUUCGGGUAUGGAACUAUCCAGUUUUAUGCCUAGUGAAGAUGUUGUGCCAUUUGUUCAAGAAAAUAAAUUUGAUUUUCUCUUAAGUGGCGAAUCACCAGUAACUGAGAAUUCAGUAUCAUUCGACGCCAUUCAGGAUAGGCUUGCUGAAUUUUUCAAAAAUAAGGCUUCAUUUGACGAUAUUGUUAAUUGGAUAUCGGCUAAUGUAGGAGAGUCUACAAAACAACCAAAAUUCAUUAGAGCACUAGCAACAGCAAUAUUUGAGGACUCGAUUUCAAAAAGCAAACUUCAAAACGAAGUACUCUCGAGUCAUAAUAAGCUGAUUCAGAAAUAUGUAGAUACACAAUGGGAUUUAGAGUUGCAAUGUUUAUAUGCUUUACAGGCUUUAAUUCAAAAGUUGGAACAUCCGCAAGGACUCUUACUGUCAAUCUGUGAUAAACUUUAUGAAGACUCGAUUUUCUCUCAAGAGAGUUUUAUCGCCUGGGAAAACAGUACGGAUCCUUCUGAACAAGAGGGAAAAGGUGUUGCCUUAAAACAAUUAACGUCAUUCUUCACUCAACUAAAAGAGACCGAAGAAGAAGAAGACUAUUCCUCCAAUUCAGAAGAUGCCUAGCGGUUAAUUCAAGUGUUAGUGAAAUAGCAAAAAGGGACUAAAAAAAUUUUAGUGAUAAAGUGAACAUUAUUUGAAAAUUAAAUUAAAACAAAAAAACAGAAAAACUGCAAAAAACCCAACUUAAAAAAUUAGUGUAUUCAAUAACUAAUUGAGUAACCAGAGUAAAAAAGAGUGUAUAUACGUACUUUUUUAAAAAUGUAAAAAAUGAAAAAUGGUAUUGAAUUUUUUUAACUCGUCUUUUUAUCUGGGCUCAGUGGUUCCAGCAAAAUACUUUUUACCAAACUAUUUUAGUAUUUAUUUUGAAUUAUAUUUUAUAUUUAAUAUACUAUCCUUUUUAUUUUUUGUUGGAUAGAUGUUUUCGUUUUUAAGUAAUUGUGCUUUUUUUUUGGAAUUAUUGUAAAUGAAUAAUUUAAUUAUUGUACUGUGCCUGCUGAGCUCCUCAGGGUUAAAAAUAUUUAAAUUGUACAAUUUUAUUUUGUGUUAAAUAAUUUGUUAUUUUAUUGUUAAGUUGUAUAUUACUUGAUUAUCUGUAUAAAAAAAUAUACAAAUGCACAGAAGACUAUAGGAUUUCAAUAUUUGUAAAAAAAAUUGCUGGAAAAAUGAAACCAACUCUGUAACUAGUCAAAAGACACCUUUUUUGGUUGCUUGAAAAUAUUGUGUAUAUUUUUAUUUAAUGAAGCAUAUACAAUAUUUUUCUGUGAGGACUAAAUAAUAAUAAGAAUAAUAAUUUUUAAAGGAAGUACCAAAAUUGUAUUAAUUACAAAACACCUCUGAAAAUAAGUUGUUUUUAAUUUAUACAACUAUCAAGUACUUUCUAAUAGUUAAAUUUAAAAAAAUACAAUAUUAUCGCGGGCUGGUUGGUUAUUUAAUUUACCUAUACAUUAAAAAAAAAAAAAAACUACGAACUUUUUUUGUAGAUCAGGGACAACAUUAAAUUUUCUUUUCUUUACAAAAUAUUUUUAAAUUGUGUUUAUAAAAGUGAAUGACAUAAAAAACAUGCCUACCAAAAAUUUGUUUUGUUUUAUUUUAAAUGACC